GUCACUGUGGUCAUGGGAACAAAAGUAUUAAGCAACAUCUACUUGGAGAGAAAACAAGUGCAGAAGAUCAUUAUUCACAAAGAUUUCAAGCCACCCCACCUCGACAGUGACCUCUGCCUACUCCUGCUCGCCACUCCAGUGAAAUUUACCAACUUCAAAAUGCCCAUCUGCCUGCCAGAGAAAGAGGAAACCUGGGACCGAUGCUGGAUGGCAGAGUGGGUAUCGGCUAGUGGGUAUGGCCCACACAAUGGCUUAAGCCUGCACCUGAAGAAGCUGAGGGUGAUUCAGAUUAACCAGAGAGAAUGUGCCAAGAGAGUAAGGCGGCUCUCCACGACCAUGCUUUGUGCCUGGCAGGAACCACACACCAAAGGCAACUGCCAGGGAGACAGUGGAGCACCCAUGGUCUGUGCUAACUGGAGGUCUCGGCGGCUCUUCCAAGUGGGUGUCUUCAGCUGGGGCCUGAGCUCUGGCUCCAGGGGGAGGCCUGGUCUAUUUGUGUCUGUGCCUCAGUUUAUUCCAUGGAUCCAAGAAGUGACGCAAAAGGAGGGAAGAGCCUUCACCCUCUCAAGAGCCCCAGGAAGCUCCCUGAUUCAUUUUCCACGGUACCCUGUAUUGCUAGGCUUAGGGUCUCAAAUGAUGCUUGCUACUGUGUUUACUUGUGAUAAGUCAAAUUGCUGA